GACAAGUUUAUGCAACAGGUUUCGUACAAUAAAAUGAAAUCAGUCGAAUUUCCUUAGCCAUACUUUCCCGGAGUCAGCUCGGAGACAGGUGAAAGUUCCUAUUGACCUGAAUAUACAACUGCGUAUCAUUACUUCGGCCAGUUGACCGUUACACUUUGCUUCCUCCUCAUCGGUAUACAGCGUAUACCGCGAUGGCGGUGAAAUAAGAAUGAAAAAGUGUAAACGAUAAAGCGCACAAAGCAUGAACAAAUGAAACGAACGUGUCUGUCGGCAAUAAACUGCGGAAUAAGUUGGCUCGAUUAAACGGAGAUUGGAAGAGUGCAUUAUAGUAUUAUCAGUGGAGCUUUUGUAAUUAAACGUGUCGUUGAAGAUGUCUGUGGCACCGCCAAAGUAUGAAUUUCUGGACGAGGAGAAGACCAAAGAGAUGUUGCAAGUGUUCAACGGUGAAAGAACUGGCUGGGUGCUCGUGGGCGACAAAAAAUGGUUCUUCCCGUACAGAUACACAGAACAGGGCGAAGGAUUUUAUAAUUUUAAAGCGCGACCCGAUGACACUUGGGUCAUAUCUUAUCCGAGGUCUGGCACAACAUGGACUCAGGAGUUGGUUUGGCUUUUGUCUAAUAAUUUAGAUUUUGAGAGAGCUAGGAAGGAACUGCUUGCAGAACGAUUUCCGUUUCUUGAGUUUAGCAUGUAUAAUCAUCCGGAAGUAACGCGUGAAUUUUUGAAGAUGAACGAAGGCGAUAAGGAGAAAGAAAAUUUAUGCAAACAAAUUGCUGAACCAGGGUACGAGGUCUUGUCGAAAAUAGCAUCACCUAGAUUCAUUAAAUCACAUUUUCCAUUCAGUUUGCUACCUGAAAUUCUAGACAGCGGUUGUAAGAUAGUAUACGUUGCUCGAAAUCCAAAAGAUGUAGCAGUUAGUUGGUACCAUUUGAAUAAGGCAAUUAAGACUCAAGGAUACAAGGGUGACUUUGCAAUGUUUUGGGAUUAUUUUCAAAAUAAUCUUACACCCUGGAGCCCUUAUUGGGAACACUUGAAAGAAGCAUGGUCCCUUAAAGAUCAUCCAAAUCUGUUGUUUAUGUUUUAUGAAGAAAUGCAGCAUGAUUUUCUGAAAGCUACUAAAAAAGUUGCCAAAUUUCUUGGAAAGACCUAUACAGAGGAACAAUUAAGACAGGUAGCAGAUUAUUUAAAUAUCGAGAAUUUCAAAAACAAUCCAAUGGUCAACUCAUCUGAGCUGAAACAGUGCAAUAUUAUAACAGCGGGAGCAUUUGUCAGAAACGGGCAAAGCGGUGGUUGGAGGGACAUGUUCACUCCGAGUCUUGAUGCCAAAGCCGAUAAGUGGAUAGAAGAGAAUCUUAAAGGGACUGACUUCAUCUUUCCCUAUUUUAAUUGUAAUACUAACAAUAACUGCCAGUGAUAUUUUACAAAAAUGGAAUUAUUAAUUUCUAAAUCUGUGUAUAAA